UUGAAUAAAUGGGAAAUUCCGGUCGGAAAGUUGAAAAUUUAUAGGGUCCUUUUCGAAUUUCCUUUCGCAAGAGGCUGUCACCUGCCAGUUUUAUUUUGUGAUUCCCUUUGUUUAGGAAUGUGAAUUAUUGGAAUAAUUUUUUCCUGCACUAUCGGUCUCUGGGUCGCGUAUUUCUAGUUAUAACCAGUUAAAGUGGUUAAGUUACCUGCAUAACCAGUGAAAAGUGACUUCAUCAAGUAGUUCGUCGGCAUUGGAGACCGCGCCAUUUUGCAUCGGGUCACAUUUUUCGUAUUUUUAGUUUAUACGAAAUUCAGCAGAAAUGUCAGGAGAAGAAACUUCAGCCGACCGCAAUGUAGAAAUAUGGAAAAUCAAGAAACUUAUCAAAAGUUUGGAAUUGGCUAGAGGGAAUGGAACCAGCAUGAUUUCGUUAAUUAUACCGCCCAAAGAUCAAAUCUCGCGAGUUAGCAAAAUGUUAGCUGAUGAAUUCGGCACAGCCUCCAAUAUCAAGUCUAGAGUUAACAGAUUGUCAGUCUUAGGGGCUAUCACGUCGGUCCAGCAUCGCCUCAAACUCUACACAAAAGUGCCGCCGAACGGUUUAGUGAUCUACUGUGGGACGAUCGUGACAGACGAAGGUAAAGAGAAGAAAGUCAACAUCGAUUUUGAGCCAUUCAAACCUAUCAAUACUUCUCUGUACUUAUGCGACAAUAAGUUCCAUACAGAAGCUCUAACGGCCUUAUUGGCAGACGAUAAUAAAUUCGGUUUCAUCGUAAUGGACGGUAACGGAGCACUAUUCGGCACAUUGCAAGGCAAUACGCGAGAGGUUCUGCAUAAGUUUACGGUAGAUCUACCAAAGAAACACGGCAGAGGUGGUCAAUCCGCUUUGCGUUUUGCUCGUUUACGAAUGGAGAAAAGACACAACUAUGUGCGAAAAGUGGCAGAAGUGGCCACACAACUAUUUAUUACUAACGAUAAGCCCAAUAUCGCUGGACUGAUAUUGGCGGGAAGUGCUGAUUUUAAGACUGAACUUAGUCAAUCCGAUAUGUUUGAUCCUAGAUUGCAAGCGAAAGUUAUAAAAUUAGUCGAUGUAUCCUACGGGGGUGAAAACGGGUUCAACCAAGCGAUCGAAUUGGCAGCCGAAUCGCUCCAAAACGUCAAAUUCAUUCAAGAGAAAAAACUGAUUGGGCGAUACUUUGAUGAAAUCAGUCAAGAUACCGGGAAAUACUGCUUUGGUGUUGAAGAUACGCUAAGAGGUCUCGAAUUAGGUGCCGUCGAAACGUUGAUUUGUUGGGAGAAUCUUGAUAUUCAAAGAUACGUUUUGAAGAAUCACACAACAGGAACCGAGACUGUAUUACACCUAACACCAGAACAGGAAAAGGACAAGUCACAUUUUACUGAUAAAGACAGCGGAGUGGAAUUGGAAUUGGUGGAAUGUCAGCCUUUGCUCGAAUGGCUUGCUAACAACUAUAAGAAUUUUGGUGCUACUUUAGAAAUUAUUACCGAUAAGUCGCAAGAAGGGUCGCAGUUUGUUCGAGGUUUUGGAGGAAUUGGAGGUUUGUUAAGAUACAAAGUGGAUUUCCAGAAUUUACAGUUAGAUGAAGAGCUAGACAACGGGGAUGAUUUUGAUCUAGAUGAUUAUUAAUUCCUUGUAAGGACAAUUAAACCAGCAUUUUGUAGGAGUGGUGCCGUUAAUAUAACGUGAAGUGGCCGUAUUUUGCUCAUAUUAAACAAUGUGUUGUUAAAAAUUGAUAUAAAUAAUUUUUGCAUAUACAUACGUUUUUAGUUGAUUGUUAAUUUAUGUAAAUUUUUGAUCAUAGGUAAUUUUCUACAAGUUUUGUUUCGUUAUCCAGGUUACGCUAAUUUCCAGUUUUACGCAGUAAAUGGAUUUGAGAAUUGAUACCUCUAAUAUUUAUUUUAAAUUCAAGGUCUAAUUUAGAUGGGAAUCAAAUUUCCCCUGGGGAUAUACAUACCUAUAUUCUUGUACGUUUGCAUGAUCUGUGUAAUGAGUUUUUACAAAGAUAUUUUUUAUUCUAUCAGACUAAAUGGAAUUGUUUAAAAUACUAAAUAUAAGUUUUUUCUUUUUACAUAA